AUGCAGGCCGACGCCCUCCGCUUGAGCCGAGCGAAGAAUCUGCUCAUGGAGGUUUGGACCUGGGUCUCAUCUGGAUGCAGCGGAAGUUUGGCACUUCAGAGCCUAUUUUGCUGGCUCAUUUUGGCAGUCUCCAUUGUGCCGCUGGCUGAACAAGCGAACCGUUUGAAGCCGGUGCACAGUACUGUGAAGUCUGGCCUUCAACGUGUUGGACUGGCAGCUCCGCAGAAUCGAGCUAGCACUGGAGCUAAGGCUUGGACUUCAGCACUCUUUCUUCUCGACGGCACUGCUGAGGCAUGGUGGUGGCUAAGAGGCAUUCGUAGCUUUGAGCAGGCCCCACGUCCUUGGACUGACAGCGAGGAUGGAGGUGUCGGUGUGGCUCAGUCCACACAGCCAGAAGAUGUGUGGCAACAGGGAGAAGACCCCUUUGAUGGAAAUGACCUGACUGCCGCAGCUCUGGAGUUUGACCGGGAGUUGGACAAGGAGAUGGAUGAUGUGCUACGAGAUGACGGAUACCAGCUCUAAAGGGGACCGGCGGUUUGUUUGCUUGAAAUGAGCGGAAAGACCUGUCAUGGCGGUGUAGACAUUGCUUUUGUGUGUAUAAUUCGUGCUUUUUGAACUGGCAGUGCAAGAAGCACUACCAACCCUUAUAUAGUCUGGGUUUUCCAAAGUGUUGGUUCUUGGCAAAAUGUCAGAACCUCGGUGUAAAUGCACCUUGCUGGAGCCAUCCCAUGAAUAAAGUUUGUCGC